AUGGAUGAAGAGCGCGUUGGAUGGGUUGAUAGCCCUACUUUUUAUGACCACCAUAUAAGGACGAUAAAGACUCAAUUUGAUGUGCUGGAGAUGGGAAGAACCUACUCUGGCUGGUUUGUCAAGUACCAUGUUGAUCUUGUCCAUGAUCCUCCAAUUCCCAUUCCUGACCUGCUACAAUGGGAAAAAAGAACUGUUCUUCUGUUUCUUGUUCCAGAUCUCAAUGAAAAUGGAGGUGGAGGAGAGGAAUGUUCAUCCCUCUUGCUGCAUACUCCUGGUAAGGUCAUCUCUUAUAAUCUCAAGAACAAGACCUUCCAAUCUUUCGAGUUAACUUCCAACCCCGACUCUAUGACAGUUUGGGGUGGAGAAUGUCGAUAUAUGGAGACUUGUGUGUGA